CAGUCACGCGGUUUCAGUCAGCGAAGGAACACCGUACAGUAAACACGUGCGCGGUUUCACGGGAUCGCGAGUGCUAUAAAAUUACGUAAGCGUUAUAAUGAAAGUUCGGAAGCGGUAGCGUGCAAUGCGCGACUUGCGUAAUGCCACCGUUUCUCGUGGUCGUGCUGUUAGCAGUGCUGAACUUGUGUGAGCCGUUGUACCACGGUCAGUUCGCACUGAAUGUGCCAAGUGGAAAUGCGAACGAACUGGCACACAGACAUGGUUUUAUUAAUCAUGGACAGAUUGGGAACUUGAAACAUUUUUAUUUGUUUUCACACCCACACGUCACUAAGAGGUCUGUAAAUGCAAGUAUAGGAUACAUUAACAAAUUAAAAAAUGAUCCCCAGGUAAGAUGGGUGAUGCAGCAGAGGGAGCUAAGAAGAACAAAGAGGGAUCACUCCUCCCGCCCUGUGAUGAGACAAUCGAAUUUAUUAUCGUUUCCUGAUCCUUUGUUCAAAGAACAGUGGUAUUUGAACGGAGGAGCGGCAGAUGGUCGAGAUAUGAACGUGGGGUUUGCGUGGCGCAAGGGCUACACCGGCAAAGGGGUCGUAAUCACAAUAUUAGACGACGGGAUACAACCUAAUCACCCUGAUCUGGCGCAGAAUUAUGACCCAGCGGCGUCGACCGACAUAAACGGGAACGAUACGGAUCCGACGCCACAAGACAAUGGCGAUAAUAAGCACGGCACGCGGUGCGCGGGCGAGGUGGCCGCCGUCGCAUACAACCGGUACUGCGGCGUCGGCAUCGCAUACAAUGCCAGCAUUGGCGGAGUCAGGAUGUUAGACGGCCUCGUCAACGACGCAGUGGAAGCGCAAGCGCUAAGUUUCAACACUCAUCACAUAGACAUCUAUAGCGCUUCUUGGGGACCGGAAGACGACGGGAAAACGGUCGACGGCCCGGGCCCUUUAGCGAGAAGAGCGUUCAUAAACGGGGUAACAAACGGGAGGGGCGGGAAAGGAUCUAUUUUUAUAUGGGCAUCGGGGAAUGGUGGCCGGCACACUGACUCCUGUAAUUGCGAUGGUUACGCCAACAGUAUAUUUACGAUAUCGAUAUCGAGUGCAACGCAAGGAGGUUAUAAACCUUGGUAUUUAGAAGAAUGUUCCUCAACUUUAGCGUCAACGUACAGCUCGGGCACUCCAGGACGAGACAAGAGCGUGGCGACUGUGGACAUGGACGUGCAAUUACGACCUGACCACAUAUGCACGGUUGAUCACACGGGAACUUCGGCGUCCGCUCCUUUAGCCGCAGGAAUUUGCGCUCUAGCGCUCGAAGCGAAUACCUUACUCACUUGGCGAGAUAUGCAGCAUUUAAUAGUGAUGACCUCUCGACCUCAACCUCUAGAAAAAGAGGACGGGUGGAUCGUAAACGGUGUGAAGCGAAAAGUGAGCCAUAAGUUUGGCUACGGCUUAAUGGAUGCGGGUCAAAUGGUUUCGUUGGCUGAGCAGUGGAUAAGCGUCCCACCGCAACACAUUUGCAAGUCUCAGGAAAUAAACGAGGACAGGUCCAUUGAAACCUCUUUCGGAUACACUAUUUCGGUACACAUGGACGUAAACGGAUGUAGCGGAACGAUGAACGAGGUCAGAUUUUUAGAACACGUUCAAUGUAAAAUUUCACUCAGCUUUUUUCCCAGAGGAAAUUUACGGAUAUUACUCACAUCGCCAAUGGGGACCACGUCCACUCUAUUGUUCGAAAGAACGCAUGAUGCGACGAGCUCGAAUUUCGACGACUGGCCAUUCUUAAGUGUUCAUUUCUGGGGCGAAAAUGCUGAAGGACGAUGGACUCUGCAGAUAAUAAACGCGGGAAAUAAUCACGUCACGCAGCCAGGAGUAUUGAAAAAAUGGCAGCUUAUUUUCUACGGUACAGCCACGAACCCGAUAAGGUUGAGAAAUAAAAGCUAUUUCGAUUCGAAUAAUGUUCAGCAAGAGGAAAAAACCUAUCACAUUAACGAUGUAUAUGACGCGUCCGAAUAUUCCCAGUUCCUAAACGAGAUCGAGCUCGGGAUAUCGGAUCGACACAGUUACCCGAAAAAUAUUCCAUCUUCUCAGAGGAAAAAUGUGCUGGCAGAUGCGAACGAUAAACAAGUGCAGAGAAUGUGCGACCCGGAGUGUGACUCUCAAGGUUGUUAUGGAAAGGGGCCAACUCAAUGUGUCGCAUGUAAACAUUAUCGUUUAGAUAACUCUUGCGUAUCGAGAUGUCCGCCGAGGAGCUUCGUAAAUCAGGGAGGCGUUUGUUGGCCAUGUCACGAGUCGUGCGAGACAUGUGCCGGCGCGGGACAAGACUCCUGCCUCACGUGUGCACCGGCUCAUUUAUUGGUUAUCGACUUGGCUGUGUGUUUACAACAAUGCCCUGACGGUUAUUAUGAAGACCCAGAUGCCAACGCUUGUUUUCCAUGUGCUGAACAUUGCGAUACGUGCACGGAGAAAGCUGAUUAUUGUUCAUCGUGCGCUCAUAAUUAUGUUCUCUAUAAUGGAUCGUGCUUGGCGUCUUGCCCGCCUGGGACUUUCCAGAAAGAUGACUUCGGUUGUAUGGCCUGUCACGAGUUGUGUGAAUCGUGUAGAGGUCCCAAAGAAAGUGAAUGUGUAUCGUGUAGAAUAGGUUAUUACGCGUAUAAAGGCCAAUGCGUACCAAAAUGCCGUGAAGGCUUUUUUGCUGAUAUUCAAAAGAGGGAAUGUGUGAGGUGUCCGAUUGGCUGUUCGGUUUGUUCGAAUUCCGUUUGCUCUGUAUGUCAAAGUAAGUGGCUACUCACAAAGGCUGGAAGUUGUUUUCCAAAUGGAAACGAUAAGUGUGACACUAACGAAUAUUAUGAAGGAGGACGGUGCAAAAAUUGUCAUUCCACUUGUGAGAAAUGUAGCGGACCGAACGAGUGGGACUGUUUAGCUUGUUCGAGCCCGUUGUUAUUGCAGGGAUCUAGGUAACUACGUCGCAAGAUGGACCUUUUGUGGCGCACUUGUGCGAACUGCGUUUCGAGACUGAAUUGUACGUCGUGUUCUGGAGCAUUGCGCUUGCAGUCCGGAACAUGUCGGGCCACCUGCGCCAACGGCUACUACCCGGACGAGGGGAUAUGCUCCAAGUGCUAUCUGUCUUGCGAGACUUGCACUGGGCCGAGACGGGAUCAAUGUGCCUCUUGUCCACCGGAUUGGAGACUUGCUGCCGGCGAAUGUAGACCAGAAUGCCCACAGAACUUCUUUACCUGGGGAGAUAGCUGUCGACGUUGCCACCAUUACUGCCAAGACUGUCAUGGCGCCGGGCCGCAGAGAUGCACAUCGUGUCCGCCACACUUCUCUCUAGAAAACGGAUUAUGCGUUGAGUGCCUUAGUUCUCAAUAUUAUGAGCCUAGAACAAGGACUUGCCGUCCAUGCCAUGAUUCUUGUAGAUCUUGUUCUGGGCCUGGACCCACUAGCUGUGUCACUUGCGCGCAUCCACUGCGAUUAGAUAGAGUUAACCACAAAUGCCUGCCGUGCUGUACAGAGAGUAUGGCUUCGUUUUAUUUAAGUAGUAAUCAAUCGACAGAUUGCUGUCAUUGCAGCAAAGAUAUUGGGGGCUGUUCGAACGGUUCAUCAGCGGGCAAGCGUCGCAUUGCGGACAACAUUGGGUCGCAUAUGACCGCUUCGUUUUUUGUCGACGACGCAAAAACCGCGCCAAAUAUCUUGGACCGUGAUUUAUUGAUAGUGUGGAGUGGCGCGGCGACGGCUCUUUUGGUCAUAGCUCUUGUUAUUGUGAUAAGGAUCAAAAUAAAACGUCGAAAGCACCUCACUCUAUACCCAAAGACAGUAUAUUCUCAACUAACCACAGUGGACGAGGACUUGAAUAGUCUGUCUCUUUCCAACACUAGCACGCUGAAAGUGACAGAAGGCGUGACAAAUGUACUCGAGGAACCAACUUAGUAAAAACUCAAAUAGUAUUAUUUUCACUGCAGACUGAUACGUAGAAAGUUCAUAGAAUCUGUAUAUAUUACAUAGAUAAUCGUAGCUUAUAAAAUGACCAAAUAAGAAAUUGUUUAAAUUGUUUGUUUUGC